AUGGCGGGUGGUUUCAUUCAAAGUGGUUCUCCUGAUAAGAACUAUCCUGGAAAGUUAACUUGGAGAGCUUUUACGACUUGUAUGGUUGCUGCAUUUGGUGGAUUAAUAUUUGGUUACGAUCUUGGUAUAUCUGGUGGUGUGACUUCUAUGGAUCCUUUCUUGAAGAAGUUCUUUCCCGGAGUGUACGAAAAAGAGAACAAUAUAAAACCAUCUGACGAUCAGUAUUGUAAAUUCGACAAUCAAAUAUUAACGUUGUUCACAUCAUCCUUAUAUUUGGCUGCCCUGAUUGCAUCAUUGUUUGCAUCCAAAAUCACACGACUUUUUGGAAGGCGCCUUACCAUGCUUGUUGGGGGUAUGUUAUUUCUCAUAGGCGCGGGAUGUAAUGCUUUUGCAGUAAAUGUUUGGAUGCUCAUUCUUGGUCGCAUAUUACUUGGUUUUGGAAUUGGAUGCGCCAAUCAAUCUGUGCCAAUAUAUGUGUCUGAGGUUGCUCCCUACAAAUAUAGAGGAGCACUUAACAUGAUGUUUCAAUUGGCAAUUACUAUUGGUAUCUUUGUAGCCAAUGUUCUUAACUACAUUUUUGCAAAGAUGAAGAAUGGACAAGGGUGGCGGUACAGCUUAGGUUUUGCAGCCGUCCCUGCUGUCAUGAUUAUAUUCGGUGCAUUAUUUCUUCCAGAUUCACCAAGUUCUUUGAUCGAGCGUGGUCUUGAUGAAAAGGCCAAAAUGGAACUUAUUAAGAUUCGAGGAACUACAGAUGUGAAGAAAGAGUUUGAUGAUCUUGUGGCAGCAAGUGAAUCCUCUAAAACUAUGAAACACCCUUGGAUUUCUUUAUUAAAGAGACAAUAUAGGCCUCAACUCACAUUUGCCAUAGCUAUUCCCUUCUUCCAACAACUUACUGGCAUGAAUGUGAUAAUGUUUUAUGCUCCUGUUUUGUUUAAAACCAUCGGCUUUGGAGCCACUGCAUCACUUAUGUCUGCCAUGAUCACUGGGGCCUGCAACGCAAUUGCCACUCUUGUCUCCAUAUUCACGGUUGACAAGUUUGGGAGACGAACUCUUUUUUUGGAAGGAGGGCUACAAAUGUGUUUUUGUCAGAUUUUGAUAACGGUGGCAAUUGCGUUGAAAUUUGGAUCGGAUGGAAAUCCAGGAAUUUUGCCAAAGUGGUAUGCGAUCAUGGUUGUGUGUGGCAUAUGCGUGUACGUGGCAGGAUUUGCAUGGUCUUGGGGUCCUCUAGGGUGGUUGGUUCCAAGUGAGAUUUUCCCACUUGAAGUGCGUUCAGCUGCACAGAGUAUCAAUGUCUCAGUGAACAUGAUCUUUACCUUUCUCAUUGCCCAAAUUUUCACCACGAUGCUUUGUCACAUGAAGUAUGGAUUGUUCAUUUUCUUUGCAAUUUUUGUCAUCCUGAUGAGCCUAUUCAUUUAUUAUUUUCUGCCGGAGACUAAAGGAGUUCCCAUCGAAGAAAUGCAUGUAGUGUGGCAAAGUCAUCCUUAUUGGAAGAAGUUUGUCCAACCAAUUGAUGAUGUGGAACGUAUUAGUGAAGAGUGCUAGAAGAAAUUUUAAUAUUAGAGCAUUCUUAGUUUUUUUCUUAUCUUAUUUAGAAUAUUGUUACCCUUUUUUCUUUUUCUUUUAUUUUAUUGAUUUU